GGCUUGGGCCUUGGUGAUUUGGCGGAAAAGGGAUGUGGUAGCACAAAACUGGUCUCAGCAUGAGCCUAAUAAAGGCAGCUUAAAUAAGGGUGUCUUAAACAAAGGGUGGAACGCUGGAUGGGGGCGGGGCGCGGUUGCUACGUAUGAGCGCAUGCAUCACUGUGGUUGCUACCACCACUGCCACUACUGCUCUGUACGCCAGAGCGUGACAGACAAACCAUGUCCAGAGGGAAUUUCCUGGCCCUACGGCUACUCCUCAUGUGGCAACAUUCGUGGUUGCUAGACCAGGCAGCUCCACUUCCGGAAUGGGCCCGUGGUCCAAACUUCCUGCCUUCCUACUACCCAGAGCCAAGAGAGUCCUGGUUUCCCAACUCCUUAUAUCCCCUACCCUCCCUCACGCUUAAGCUUGCAGCAGAGCCCCAGCCAGACCCACCGCCAGACCCACCGCCUCAGCGAAGGGCCUUUAGUUACCCGAGGGCCUCUGCUACCGCCCAGGAGUUGACCCAGCCUCCUGGAUUAACUGACACUUCGUUUCCACUUGAGAACAGGAGUGUCCGACGACGACGACGGCAAGAUCAGUUUGCUGUUCCACAUCAGGAUCUGAAUGAGAAGACAAAAAAGUCUCUCCAAGUUGUGUAUCCAAGGUCUGUUCGGAAUCAGAAUUGGGCCCAGACUCUGCCUUCUCAACGAAAAAGUAAGACUCAUGCUGAAGGUCUUGAUCAGCCUGCCAGUCACCAGGCAUUUGAAAUGCUUGUUCCACCUCUAGAUAGUCAGAAAUCGAGACCAGCAAAGUUUAUUUUGUCACCUUCAAACCUGAAGAAAGACCUAGUUGAGCAUCGGAGGCUAGCCAAAAUUAUUUUUGGAAGUCUAGGCCGUGCUGCAAAAGGGCGCCAUCAUCUACCACAACAGGUGCAGGAUGACUAUUUCGACCCCAGUGUAGAUUCCUUUUAUCCUCAUAGUCUAGCUGCAGAUGUCCAGGGAGGCCCAGGUCAACAUCCAGAGCCCCCUGAGGAAGAAACUUCUGCUCGGCGUGGACAGACCCCUGAAGACGUUGAGUCUUUUUCAUCCCAGAAUCAUCAUCCGGAGCCCCCUGAAUAUACAGAGUCACUUCCAUUUCAGCAGGAGGCUCCUUCUCACUUCCCAGAGGCCCCCAAGGUACCUGAAAAUUCUGCAAACAUACAGCAGGCCUCAGCUGCACCACCAGAGGCUCCUGAGGAAUUAGACCGUUCCUCGACUUAUCAAGAGGCCUCACCUCGGCCUACAGAGGUUCUUGAGGAAGUAGAAGCUUCUGUCAUUGCUCCAGAGGCUCCAGAGCCAUCCAUGGAUGCUAUAGGUCACCCACCAGCACAUCAUAAGGCUUCUCAUUCUAACUUGCAUACUGCCACUGUUAAACCUAUGCGAAUGGAGAUUAAUAUAACUCCAAAGGUUGUUAAUAAGGUUAGAACUUCUCCAUUGCAGCAGGAGGUCCAAGCUGAACCUCCAGUCCAGCAGGAAGUCCAGGCUCAGCCUACAGAGAUUGUUGAAGAAGUGGGACCUUCUCCAGUUCCUCAGGAGGCUCCAGCUCAACUUCCAGAGCCGUCCACAGAUAUAGAUCAUCCACUAGCAAAUCCUGAGGAAAAUGGUCCAUCUCCAAAUGAGAAUGAAGUUCUGCAUUCAGACAUCCCUAGUGUCACUGUUAGACCUUUGACUGUGCUGAUUAACAUAACUCCAGUAGUUGUUAAUGAGAUUGAAACCUCUCCAUUGCCGCAGGAAGCUCAGGCUCAGCCUCCUGAGGAGGUUCAAUCUCCAAUCCAGCAGGAGUCCCAGGCUCAGCCUCUAGAGCACCCUGAAGAGGCUGGAACUCUUAUUGAGGAGGAGGCCCAGGCUCAGCCUGUAGAGCACCCUGAGGAUGUUGAACCUUCUUCAACCUAUCAAGUGGCUUCAGGUCAGCCUAUAGAGACGCCUGAGGAAGUAGAACUUUAUCCAGUCCUUGAACAGAUCCCAGCUCAGCCACCAGCACAUCAAGAAGAUAAUAUUCCACCUUCAAAUCGGAAUGAAGCCCUACAUUCAAACAUACCUGUAACUGUCAAAACUUUGACUAUGAUGAUUAACAUAACUCCAGAGGUCACUAAUGAGGUAGAAGGUUCUCCAUUGCAGCAGGAGGCCCCGGCUGAGCUGUCACAGUUCUCUGAAAAUUUCACACCUCCAGACCAGGAAGAGUAUCUAAAUGGUAUUCCAGAAUCUGGAUAUUUAACUCCGAUGUUAGCAAAUGAUGAGGUGCUAUCUGGAAAUACAACUCAGUAUCAACCUAAUAAUUCAUUCAAGGCCAGUGUUACACUUGAAUCUCUGGCUUUGACAAUAACCUUGAAACAUGAAUCUUCUAAGAAUAUUGAAUCUUCUGCAGUUAGGCAUACGGCCUCAUUUCAGCCAGGCCAUCAUAGUGCUGAGCAUUCAGCCUUGCAGAAAGCCACUGUUAAGCCUGCUACUGUGACACUGAACAUGGAAUUCUUCCCACUGACAGAGGUGGAAGCCUCUGCACCUGAGCAGGAGACUACAUCUCAGCCUCAUAAUGAUAUAGAAAUUUCUGCAUCCCAGCAGGAAACCCCUUAUCUGUCUCCAGGGCCUCCUAUAGAGGCUGGAUCAUCUGAUGGCCUGCGAGAGCAACCACCCCAGAUUCCAGAGCAUGAUACUCAACAUUCAAAUUUGCAGAAAGUCACAGCCAAGUCUACUGCUGUGACUUUAAGUAUGACAUUAUACCCUCCUACAGAGGUAGAAUCUUCUUCAACUCAGCAGGAGGCUACGGCCCAGCCCUCAGUAUCCCUUAAUAAUUCACGGCCUUCUGCAGCCCAACAGGAGUCCCCAGAUCUGACUUCAAGGCCUCCUGGAGAGGUAAGACCAUCUAAAACCACAAAAGAGCAGUCACCCCAGUUUCCAGAGCAUCAUGAUGCAGCAGUUUCACCUCCAGGUCUCCAAGAUGCUCAGCAUUCAAACAUGCAGAAAGCUACUACCAAACCUGCAGCUGUGACAUUGAACGUGGCAUUAUAUCCCCCUACAGAAGUAGAAUCAUCUUCAACUCAGGAGAAGAUUAUGGCUCAGCCCUCAGUGCCCCUUAAUUUUACAGGGUCUUCUGCAGCCCCUCAAGAGACCCUAACCCAGCAUCCACAACCUCCUAAAGUGAUAGGACCCUCUCCAAUCCAGCAGGAGAACCCUGGUCUUUCUUCAGGGAGUCCUGGAGAGGUUGGACAUCCUGUGGCCCCACGAGAUCAACCACAUCUGCUUUCAGGACAUCAUGAGGCAGCAGUUUCACCUUCAGGUCACCAUCAUGCUCAGCAUUCAAACUUGCAGAAUGUCACUGUAAAACCUGCUGCUGUAACAUUGAACUUGACAUUAUACCCCCCUACAGAGGUAGAAUCUUCACCUCAGCAUGAGGUUAUAACUCAGUCCUCAGUGCCCCUUAAUAAUGCAAGAUCUUCUAUAAUUCCCCAAGAGGACCCAGCUCAACAUCCUCAGACCCCUUUACUCAGGCAGGAAGCUCCUACUCAGCCUCCAGAGCUCCUUAAUGCUACAGUGCCUCAUUUGGCAGCAAUUUCCACUUUAAGUCAGGAUCAGGCUCAGCCUAUACCAUUGCCUGUUGUCAUUGCUAAACCUGCAAGAGCAGUAUUUCGUGUAACUGCACAUUUCAUUAAUGAAGAUGAGGCUUCUCCACUCCAACAAGAGGCUCCAGGUCAGCAGUCAGUCCUCUCUAAAAUGGGUGGAACUUCUGUAGUUCAGCAAGGAGUUCCAACUCAGCCUGAAAUACUUCCUGAGGAAAUUAAGCCUACAAGUCAUCAGGAGAGGUCAGCUCUGCCUCAAGAGCCUCUUGUAGAACCUUCAGUUCAGCAAGAACCCCCAGAUCUACCUCCAGAGUCCUCUGCUAGACCUGUUAGUAUGGAGGUUAGAAAUUCUUCAGAACUGCGGAAGGAUCCUGUUCCCCCUGAGCAGGUUGACUUUUCUCCAAUACAGUCCAUGCCUUUUCCUCAGUCACCAGAAUCCCCUGAAAAGGUUGAAUAUUCUCCAGAUCAGCAAGAGGCCAUAACUCAGCCUCUAGGUCCCCUUAAAGAACCUUCCUCAGUCCAACAGUCUGCCUCAGGUGCACCACCAGCUCUCUUUCAGGAGGUAAAGCCCUCUGCAACUGAACAGGAAGCCUCAGCUCAUAAAAGAAAUCCUAGUGGAAAGGUCAAACCAACAGGUUCUUUAUCCCAGCAAGAGGCACUGUUUCAGCCUCCAAACCAACAGAUGGCCCCUACUCAGCCUUUGGAGUCUAAUAAGGAAAUGGAACGUUCUCCAAUCCACAAAGGCUUGCCAUCUUUAUCUCCAGAACACACUACCCAGAUAGGACCUUCACCAGCCCAAGAGGUGGCACAGGCUCAACCUUCAGAGCUUCAACGUACAAUCUAUAAUGAAAUGGCAGUUCCACUCACAGGACAGGAUCAAGCUCAGUAUUCAAAUUUGCCCAUUGCCACUGUUAAGCCUUUAGAACUGGUACUUACAAUAGAUCAAGGACCUCUGAUGGAGAUUGAAUAUUCUAUAGCCCCCCAAAAGACUGUAGUUCCUCCAAAGGACUCCAAGGUGUCCCUUCCACAUUCAAAGAAAUUGCAAGCUGAACAUACAACCUUGAGUGAAGUCACACCUAAUCUUUUGGACGUAGGAAUUAACAUAAAUUCAGAAUCCACUAAGAAGGCUCAGUCUUUCCCAGCCAUGCAGGAGGUCCCAACUAAGCCUUCAAAUCCCAACCCCUCAGCUCCUAACGUGACACUUUUAUCUCUAGGACAGGAUUCAGUGUAUCCCCCUGAUACAGUUUCUCUGGAUCUGAGACCUAGAUUAACCACAGAAGCUCCUACAGCUUCACUGCAAACUACAGCUUCUUCAGAGUUUCCCGGGGUAACACAUCUACAUCCAGAGGUGCAGGCUCAGCAUCCAAGCCUCUCUGAAGUUACAGAUCAACCUUUGGAUAUGGAGUUUACUCUAACUCUAGAACCCACUAGGGAAACUGAACUGUCUUCAUCUUUGAAGGAGACUCCCACUCCAUCUCCAGAACCAUCUCCAGAUGUUAUUUUAUCUCAGUCUCCAGUACAUGAGAAAGCAACAGCACCCAGCCAGUAUCAGUCUCAGAAUCCACCAUCAAGCAGUGCUACCGCUCAAGCUGUGGAUGCAGGGUUUGCCAUGACUCCGGAACACACUACAGAGACUGAACAUUCUACAGUCUUGAAAAGGACCACACUUCCUCCAGAGUUCCCUAAGGGGACACAUCCACAUCCAGAACAGGUUCAGGCUCAACAUCCAGCCCUUUCUGAAACCAGAGCUGGACUUAUUGAUGUGGGGUUUACCCUGACACCAGAACAUAUUACAGAGCCUGAACAUUCUGCAACCCUGAGAAUGACUACAGUUCCUGCACCAUCCUCUAUCGUGACUCCUCCAGAGCAGAUUCAGGCUCAGCCUCCAACCCUAUCUCAGGUUAAAGUUGGAUUUAUGGAUUUGGGGCUUAGUAUAACUCCAGAAAAUACUGUGGAGGCUGAAAAUUCCACAGGCCUGAAAAUCACAACUCCCCCAACAUAUUCUGAACAGACAUUUCCACAUCUGGAGAAGGUUCAGAACCAGCAUCCAAGUCUGACUGUAGUCACAAGUCAACCACUGGACAUGGGAGCUAAUAUAACUGCAGCAUCUAGUGUGGAGGUUGAACAUUCUCCAGCCAUACAGGAGACCUUAGAACAGCCUUCAGAGCCACCAAAGGAAGUUGAGAGUAAACAACUUUAUCACCAUGAAGGGACAGCUCUAACUGCAGAUCAGGAUCAGGGUCAGCAUCCAACAUUGCCCAGUGUUACAGCUUCUCCUGUAGACCUGGGAAUUACCAUAGCUCCAGAACUCACUACAGAGACUACAAAGCACCCUGGAGUGACACCUCUAGAGGAGACUGAGAGUCGGCAUGUGGGCAUGACUGAAGGCACAACUCUGCAGCUAGACCUGGCACUUACCCUGACUCAACAACCAGUGUCAUCUGAGAUGCCUCUUUCUCCUACAACAGAAAACACAGAAAAGGCAGAAACCAGGUUAACUGAUCAACAAGAGCAGAACCCCACCACAGGCAACAACAUAUGUGACAUCUGUACCUGCAAAGAUGAGACACUCUCAUGCACUGUGUCUAGCUGGGAGAAGAGACUCCACAGUGUUCCUGUACCAGAGCUCAACUCCUACAACAGGACCUUUACCACCUUAAAUUUCCAUGGAAAUGCUAUUUCUUACAUUGAUGGAGAAACAUGGAAGCCAUUCCGUUGGGCUGAGAAACUAAUUCUCAGUGAAAAUUAUUUGACUGAACUACAUACAGAUUCAUUUGAAGGCCUGCUGUCCCUCCAGUAUUUAGAUUUGUCCUGCAAUAAAAUACAGUCUAUUGAAAGACGUACAUUUGAAUCACUACCAUUUUUGCAGUUUGUAAAUCUUGGUUGCAAUUUAAUCACAGAACUGAGCUUUGGAACAUUUCAGGCCUGGCAUGGAAUGCAGUUUUUACACAAAGUAGUUCUCAAUCGUAAUCCUCUGGUAACAGUUGAAGAUUCAUAUCUUUUUAAAUUGCCAGCACUAAGAUAUUUAGACUUGGGAGCAACAGAAGUGUCACUUGGAGCAGUUGAGAACAUCCUCACUAUGAGUCUUGAAUUGGAAAAACUAAUCUUACCUAGUCGUCUGACCUGCUGCCUCUGCCAAGUUAAAAAUAAUAUAGAGAUUGUCUGCAAGACAGUCAAACUGCAUUGUGACAUUGACUGUAUGACAAAUACUACGCAUUGUGAUGGAGAAAUACCCAUAGGGAAUACAGAAGGGUCAUUUAUGAAGGUAUUGCAAGCUCGGAGGAGGAAUACCAGCACUGAGCUGACUAUUGAACCAGAGAAGGCAUCCACUUACAAAAAUGACGUUGUCAACUUACCAAUCUUUAUAAAUGAGCAGCUGGAUUUCAAUGAUGAAAAUGAUGUUAUCAGCGCACUAAAUUAUAUAUUGCCUUAUUUCUCAGAGGGAAAUCUGGAAGAUGUAGAAUCAAUAUUACUACCAUUCAUUAAACUUCUUUUUUUAAAUACACAACAUGGAGAUAGUCCCCUGGAUCAUUUGAAAGACAGUGCAGUGGACAUUUCUCCUAAGCCUGCACUCAGCAAUUCAAUUUACAAAAAUAAACUUAAGAAACUGUAUUUUCUGGAAAAUCUGUUAGAUGCAGAAAUUCAAGAAAAAAUUAAUGAAAUUAAAAAGAAAGAAAAAACUGCCAUGCUUAUAAAUUCUGAUAACUUAGUUCCCAAAUUUAAACGCCAGAUCAUUCAAAAGGAAUUCGAAACUGCCCAACAAUCAAAAAACAGAAUAGGAAAUGUAAGUGCAAAGAAAAAGCUACAGAGAGAGAAAAUAGCCUUCAAAGGUCCAAAGGGUAUAGAGGAAAGACACUCCAAAGGACUGAGUGAUGAUCAGAGCAGCAAGAGGAAACAGAAUACUCAACCACUUGUUGAAAAUACUGCCCAAGAAACUAGGCUUGGAGAGGCAACCCCUAAAGAGCGUGAACAGUUUCACAAAGAAGGGAAGCCCAGGAAAUUAGUGGAAAAGACCAACACACAACCUUCAUUAACAAAUGAGGAGCAACACAUAAUGGGCAGGCCAUCUGCUUCCCCUGCUCCCAAACCCCUACCUGGGGAUAAAAAUAAAUCAAAAGACUUAAGCUACACUAUUUUUAUUUUAGAAGAUGCAAAAGCUAGAGUGAAAGAUAUGGAAGCUUCUGAAGAAGCUUCACGUGCCAGAAUAAAUCGUGUCUUUCAUGAAAUUCCCUCUCCCCUGCUCAGCAGAACACCCCAAGUCAAAAAGUAUCAGCAGUUCAGAAAGAAAACGAAAUUGAAAAAACUGCUUGAAAAGAGGCUUCCGUCUUCUGCGAUGAGGAGUCUCAUAAAUCCACCUUCUCAAGAGGCAUUUUCAUCCUCAAGAGAACUAGCUGAGGAGAAUCCUCUCGCAGGCUCUUCUACUCUUUUUGACCAUUCUGUGGGAGAUAAAGCUAUAGCAAAAACUACUUCCCCAAAUAUUUUUGAAGCAAAUAGUUCUCCAGGAAGCACGACUAUGCCAGAUGAAACUAUCCCUACAAUCUUUACGACUCCUCGCACUGCAGAUUCUUCUGUGACUGCAGACAGCUUCAUACCAGCCAUUGCACAUACCAGUGAAACACAGUGGGAAUACCACAGUGAGGACUCUGACUUCUUACUCCCCAAGCCCUUGGACUCCACUUUCCCACCACUGUCAUCCGCAGGUGAGCAAUUUGAAAUUCAACUAAACCAGCAGCUGCGCUCUCUCAUCCCCAACAAUGACGUAAGGAAGCUCAUUGCUCAUGUUAUCCGGACUUUGAAAAUGGACUGCUCUCAGAGCCAAGUGCAAUUGGCUUGCGCCAAGCUCAUCUCCAGAACAGGCCUCCUGAUGAAGCUUCUUAGUGAGCAGCAGGAAGUCAAGGUGUCUAGGGCAGAUUGGGAUACGGACCAAUGGAAAAAUGAGAACUACAUCAAUGAAAGCACAGAAGCCCAGAGUGAACGGAAAGAGCAAGAAGCAAGUGAGCUUACAAGAGAAGUUCCAGGAUAUGGCUACAACAACAAGCUCAUCUUGGCAAUAUCUGUGACUGUAGUCGUGAUGAUUUUGAUUAUAAUUUUCUGUCUCAUUGAGAUUUAUUCUCAUAAAGCAUCAGGGGAAGAACAGCUGGAGGGCAAAGAAAGAAAAUCAGGGGGCUUUUUAUCAUUCCUGCUUCGUAAGAAAUACUCAUCAGGCAGUGAAAGUCAGGAGGGCUCUUUCUGGAUGAGGAGGCCACUUUGGCUUAGAGAUAUGUAUAGGCCUCUCAAUGCCACACGCAAGAAAAAUAUGGCAGAAAAGCUACACGACAAGGAUUCUUCUGAUGAAGAGGAGAUCUUCAAGAAGGAGCCAGAGUCACUCAGUGAAGUCAUAGUAGAGAAGACUCCAGGUUCAGAGUCCACUGCUGAAGAGAUGGGCCAGGAAAGUGAGGGAGGACAAGAGACAGCCACAGAGUGAACCACACCCUGCACUAAGCCACCAGAAAAUUUUAUUUUCUAAUAGCUUCUCAGGUGUUGCUUGUAAAAUACCUACUUAAUCUUAUAUUAAAAUGUGUGAAUUCAUAA